UGGGUUGGGCGUCUCUGCUGCGCCGCUGAUUGGUCGAUCCGCGACAGGUGAAGCGGACUCGGGCAGGAUAAUCUGGUAUUCUGGGCUGUGGGAGUUUAGUCGAUACUGAGGAGCGCAUAACCCGAACCCAAACUUCUGCCUUUUUCACCGUGAUCUGACAGCGGAAAUCGAGAGCUAUAACCGGACGAAAAUGAGGAGUGUCCUCGUCACAACUGCCCUUCUGGUGCUCUGCACCUUGGCAAAAGCAACGGACUUCUGGGUCACAUUGCUUUCUGGAGAUAAGAUGAUCACCGGUAUACUAUCAAACUCCGUGAUCCUCACUCUGCCCCCCUGCAAAUUCGCAGGCCAGCAGGUCAACUUGGAGUGGGCUGACACUAACGGAACGAGCUCAGCAACUCUCACAAACGCGUUCGUGGUGCCAGGGUGCCAGUUCAAGAGAGCUGUGAUUCAAGCAUCCGACAGCAACCCACAGUUCACAGUGACCAGAGACCUGGGCUACCAGCUCACUGGACUGACACCAGGACACACCUAUAACUUGCAAUAUGUAAUCCCAGCGACACAAGACAGGAGCAACGUUGUGGUGGCCGGUACCAGACAAGUGCAAGACUACAACUCGAUCAACGGUGGUCUGGCAGCCCGGUCCGGGGGUAUGAUCGUCAUCACCGUCCUGCUGUCCAUCGCCAUGUGCGUGCUCAUUGUUGGGCUGAUUGUGGCUGCCGUUUUGGGCCGACGCAAGUAGACAUGAACGGCCACAAGACCAGCUACCAGAGCUUUAAAAACACGCUUUCUUAACUUCCGUGUGCAUGACAGCAUCCCUCGUGUUUUAGAUCUUUUUCUUUCCCGUUGUGGAGCCAUUUGAACUUGCCUGCAUUCCUGCAAGGCAGUGCAUUCAGGCCAGUGUGUGUAACUGCCCCUCAGAAGUGUUUUUGAUGGGCUGAACUGUAAUAUAUCGCUAGCUUGUAGCAUGAUGGCAGCCCCUGUCCUAGCCUGACUACAGCUGUAGUGUGCAUGUCUGUUACCCUGUGCUCUUUGUUUUGUUCUGAAUUGUUAUUUUAAUAAAAACGUAUAAAGUGUCA